AUGUUAACUUUCAAACAAACCGUUUUUCUUCUAGUAAGUAUCAUUACGAUAUUGGCGUUGAUUGCAAUAGCUACUGGACUUUCACCACUCUACUGGCCGCAUCCGAAAACACUCACAAAUGAAAAUAAUGUAACACGAAUCAUUAUUAAAAAAGUGAACAAUACACACGCGAUAAAAACACAAUUAACUACUCGUCCGAGACCAAUCACGAAGAAAACACUCCUUGCAGCUUCUGUAAGUAGCAUCACGACAUUAUUUACAACACUGUCGACAACAACUUCUCAGCUGACAACAAACUCAACUAAUAUCACUAAUUGA